UUUAUUUGUGAUCGUGAUUCGUGAUUUGUGAUUCAUGAAAUUGAAACAUUCAAAAGCUCCCUCUGAUUCAUAAAUUGAUUUUUCUCCGACGGUGUUGGCUUCUUCUUUUAUCAACUUCCCCUUUGACCAGUCAAUUUCUUCCUUCUUUUUUUCUUCUCUUUCUCCGUUUCCAUACUCUCUCUGGUUUCAUUCCCAUUCCAUUUUUAACUAUAUUUUCUAAUGUCUGAUUUGCAGGAAUUCUUAUGGGGAUUUUCCAUUUUUUCUCUGCUUUUUUGUUCUCUACGGGGCUUGACCAAAGCCCUUCCAAUGGCCCUCUCUCUCUAUUCUCCUUCUUCCCCUGUAUUUCCUCCUCCUACUUCGUGGGUUAGGCAUAUUCUCCUCGGAACUAAGGCAACAUCGCCCCUGCCAGACGAUUCCUCUGCAGUUCUCGAUGCCCAAGAAAAUACUCUGCUGCCGCCCAACCAGACGUCUGAGAACCAGGUUGAUGACAAACCACAGGAGGAGGAGAAGAGCCUUCGUGACGAGAAGUUUAAGGAAGGCUCGGAUUCUUCAACAAUGGCAAAGGGCUCUGGGGCUCCUAACAAGUUGAGGAAGAGACCUGGAAGGCUGGUGGUGCCGGAAUAUUGUCCUGGAUUGGAAUUUACGAAACUGAGGAAGAAAAUGGAGAAUCAGGAAUUCCAAGUCCAAGGGAGGGAUUACUGUUUGGCAACCAAGAAAGGAAGGCGAGAAACGUUGGAAGAUGCCUACAUAGUUUUGCUUGAUGUGUUGGGAGAUUCCAAACAGGCUUUCUUCGCUGUAGUGGACGGCCAUGGCGGUCGCGAUGCAGCCGACUACGUGGUCGAAAAUUUAGGGAAGAACAUCAUAAACGCUCUUGAGAAAAUUGCCGAGGACGAAGAAAACGCAAUCGAAUUGGCGAUUCGUAGAGGCCACGGACGCACAGACGAAGAGUUUCUUAGUCAGGGCGUUGGGAGUGGAGCCUGUGCGGCGAGCGUGCUGGUGAAGGACGGCGAGCUUCAUGUUGCCAACGUCGGAGAUUGUCGAGUGGUAUUGAGCCGAAACGGCGUAGCGACGGCAUUGACGAAGCAACACCGUGUGUGUCGAGAAGACGAGCGCCUCCGGAUUGAGAAGUCGGGGGGAUUUGUGGAGUGCAAAAACGGAGUGUGGAGAGUUCAAGGUUCGCUGGCGGUGUCGAGGGCCAUAGGAGACGUGCAUUUGAAAGAAUGGGUGAUUUCAGAGCCUGAAAUCCGUCGUCUGCCUCUAACUCCUGAUUGCGAGUUCUUGAUAAUGGCGUCUGAUGGACUGUGGGAUAAGGUAAACGAUCAGGAGGCAGUGGAUGAAGUGACGAGGGAAAUGGGAAGGAAGGAUAAUGAUGGCAUGAAGGCAUGCAAAAGGCUGAUGGAAAUGUCAUUCAGAAGGGGGAACAUGGACGAUGUUACAGUGAUGGUGGUUCAUCUUCAGCACUUCAUCAUUUCCACCAUCUAAUACUAUACAGUAAGUAUAUAUAUAUAAAAGCAAGCAAUGUUUUAAUGUUUUAUUAUUAUUAUUACUAUUAUCAUUGCAUUGCACUUCACAGUUCAAGAAGCCUAAGCUUAAGCCAACAACAUAAAGCUAGUAGUAGGGGGGGCAUCUCCUUUUCUUCUUCUGCAAUCACCAUUCAUUCUUUUUCGAAUUAGAGCUUAAGUUUCAUUUCUGUCUACAAUUUUGUAGCAACAUCACAACACAACACCACCACACAUUACCCUUUUCCUUUUCCUUUUCCUUUUUGCUGGACUGUACAUAACAAUACUCGAUGAUGCUACCAUUGCCAGUUCCAAAUGGGUGUGUUCUUAUC